AUGAACCUACAGCCAGACGCUCAGAUCCAGACAGUCAGGCGAGAGACUCCUCAAUACCUCCGCACCCAGUCACUACAAUCGUCCUUUGCCACAAACGAGUAUUUCUCUGAUAAUGCUUCCGACGCGGCCAGUGAAGAAUCCGACGACACCAAGGCGAGCUAUGAGACGCCUCCCUCGAGAAUAUCGACACCCGUUAUUGAACAAAACCAGGCCGACUCCGAGAUGACUCUCCCUGCAAGACCCGGCGUAGUCCAACCUGCGCCGCUCGACAUUCGGCAUGGCCAAAGUGAAGCGCAAAGUACAGUGAGAAUGCUGUCAAACUUUGACGACAUGAGCCCGCCGACGUCUGAAGUCGAUGAUACUCCAUACAUCAGGUUCGCCAUUGAGCAGUUGACAAGAGACGAGGAUGUACUGGGACGUGGGAGACACAGCACUACAACUCCGGAGGAACCAGCUUUUGGCUUUUCACCAGUAGAGCCGGAGUCACCGCGCAGCUUCAGUACGCCGACACCGUCCCCUCCUCCACCAACGCCUCCACAACAACCGCCAACACCACGUCCACAAUCUCACAUCCAACGAAAGCCUGUUCCGGAGGAAGUCAUGGUCCCAGUUGAUCUGUCCAAAGACCUCCGAUCUCGAUUGGGCUUUGUACCAAUACCGCUUCGCCUGCCCAUAAUUGCCUCAUACUUGCUCUUAUGCCUAUUAAUGAUCGCCGGGCUGCUCUUCAGCCUCCUAUUUGUGUCGAGCAACCACGCACUCUACGACUACGACGGAAACGCCACGCCACGAUAUUUUGUGUUUCAAUACCUCCCCCAACUACUUGGGAUAAUGCUUGUGAUCUGGCUAUUCGUGAUCGAGGCUGCAGUGUACAGAUCGUUGCCUUAUUUCCGCAUGGGACCGAAAUACCGCAGAUACUCAGUGUUGCAGGACUUGCGCAUUCUGCCAUCAAACUAUCUCCUACCGGAUCUGACUUUUUUCAAAAACGGUGAACCCAUGCUGGGCUUGACAUUCCUGGUCUUUUGGCUGAGCAGCUUCACCGUCCCGCUGCUCAGUUGUCUCUACGAGACCCAAUGGAUUACAGAUGAUGGCCCGGCCCGUUUCCGAUGGACCACUGUUCGAGGAGUAGGCUGGACAUUAUUUGCGCUGUACACUCUCCUCUGCGCCGGGAUCGUCUACUGCAUGGUCCGCUUUCGGACUCGGAAUUCCAAUCUUCUAUGGGAUCCUUGUUCACUGGCCGACCUGAUAUGUCUAUUUCGACGGUCCAAUGUGUGCCAUGACUUUGAACAGACCGAAGUCUCUCCAGAGCCGAAUGGGCGAGUCCUCCCUCAGACCCUCCGUCUAGGCUUUUGGACCACCACCGAACGAUCGGAUGUAUUUCACGGCGUUGGAGAGGAAUACGCGCCUAUCAAACGCUUUUCCCUCCAAAGACCGCAACCUACGCAAAAGCCUUCUGAGGGCCUCCUACACCCGAACGAUGCGAUGGACCUGGAGACCCAGCAACGACACUCCUACGGAUCUGCCUUUUCUCGGAACAUACACUCCCCUUUCGUCCGCUACCGCUGGGUGCCAUGGUAUCUGCGAGAUUCGGCCGUUCUGGCAUGGAUCAUCGCGGCAAUCCUGCUAUUGAUUGCUUUUCUGGUGGUCAGCUUCGUGAACAAUGCUGUUGAAAGAGGUUUCGAACCUCUCCUGACAUCUCGGACGGAUUCCCACGGGUUUUCGCCCGCCGACUUCCUCUACAGCUUCCUGCCGUCAUUUCUCGGGAUGGUGCUCUUUCUCGCAUGGCAGCCGAUUGCCAUGUAUUUUCGUGCGGUACAGCCUUUCUGCAACCUGUCGCAGCCGACCGGCACGGAUGCCAGCCACUCGUUGCUGCUGUGCUAUCCAGCACAGGGGCCUAUUGGUGUUGUUGUCCGUUCUCUACGCAACGGCGAUUACAGGGUAUCAUAUGUUAGCUUCAUCUCCAUUCUGGCACUUUCCAUCCCAGUCCUCGCUGGCGGCGUGUUUACUGCUCAGUUCUUCACUGCGGAGAACGAAGUCCGAAUGGUGGCCAGCAUGCCGGGCUUCAUUGCACUGUGUGUCUUGGUCUCGAUCUAUGCGCUCUCCUACCUCAUUAUCUGGCCUACCAGAAAACGCUAUUUGCCACAUAACAUCAACACCAUUGCCGGCCUGAUGAGUUGGCUCUAUGCCAGUCCUCUCAUGGCCGAUGGCGCCUUCCAGAACGUCGGAACCAGAGCAGAACUCGUCGAGAGACUGACAGCUUCCAGCUCGACUCCGGCCACACUCACUGGCGAUCCUGGCACGGCCAAGCUGGGCGAAAAGAACCAAGCAGCUCGCCACCAGCGUCGUGCCGACCGUGGCUCAGGGCCACGGUAUGCGUUCGGCGUGUAUAUUGGUCGAGACGGAAAAGAACAUCUCGGCAUCGAUCGCCUGCAGAGACCGGGGAGUCGUGAGAUGUUGGUCGUGCCGAGUUCACGGUGA